AUGGCUGCCCUGCUGGGCGUCUUCCUCCUCCUGCUGAUGCUGCUGCUUCAGCUCGGCCCCUCUUCUUGCAGCAAUGUGUACAUUGUGUACAUGGGGGAGAGGAAUCCCGAGCUGCACCCGGCGCUGGUCCGGGACUCGCACCACGGCAUGCUCGCCGCCCUUCUUGGCAGCGAGCAGGCGGCCAAGGUCGCCAUCCUUUACAGCUACAGGCACGGCUUCUCCGGGUUCGCCGCCGUGUUGACGGACAGCCAGGCGGCGCGGCUCGCCGAUUCGCCUGGGGUUGUGCGAGUGGUGCGGAAUCGUGUUCUUGACCUGCACACCACCAGGAGCUGGGAUUUCAUGCGAGUGAAUCCGUCGCAUUCGGUUGGAAUCCUCUCAGAGAGUAGAUUCGGUGAGGAUUCCAUUGUUGGUGUACUAGACACUGGAAUAUGGCCAGAGUCGGCCAGUUUCAGAGACGACGGCAUCGGCGAGGUUCCGCGGCGGUGGAAAGGGCAAUGCGUCGCCGGAGACAGGUUCAGUGUUUCCAACUGCAACAGGAAAAUAAUAGGCGCGAAAUGGUACAUCAAAGGGUAUGAAGCCGAGUACGGGAAGAUGAACACCACCGACAUCUAUGAGUUCAUGUCUGCGAGAGACGCCGUUGGGCAUGGCACGCACACAGCCUCCACUGCUGCUGGCGCUCUGGUAGCCGAUGCAAACUUCAGGGGCCUUGCCAGUGGUGUUGCAAGGGGAGGGGCACCCAGGGCAAGACUGGCGGUUUACAAAGUGUGCUGGGCCACCGGAGAUUGCACUUCUGCAGAUAUCCUUGCGGCUUUUGACGAUGCCAUACAUGACGGUGUCGAUGUGCUUUCAGUGUCACUAGGCCAAGCACCACCACUCCCUGCUUAUGUUGAUGACGUCCUGUCCAUUGGAUCCUUCCAUGCUGUCGCGAGAGGGAUUGUUGUGGUCUGCUCUGCAGGAAAUUCUGGGCCUUAUUCAGAGACGGUCAUCAACUCGGCGCCAUGGAUUGUGACCGUUGCUGCUGGCACCAUUGAUAGGACUUUCCUCGCAAAGGUCACCCUAGGCAACAAUAGCACCUAUGUGGGUCAAACACUGUACUCUGGAAAGCAUCCUGGAAAAAGCAUGCGCAUAGUCUAUGCUGAAGACAUUGCUUCUAAUAAUGCAGACGAUACAGAUGCAAGAAGCUGCACUGCAGGAUCUUUGAAUUCUACUCUAGUGAAGGGAAAUGUGGUGCUUUGCUUCCAAACAAGGGCACAGAGAUCAGCUUCAGUGGCAGUGGAGACUGUCAAGAAAGCUCGUGGCGUUGGAGUUAUCUUUGCCCAGUUCUUAACUAAGGACAUUGCAUCUUCUUUCGAUAUUCCCAGUGUUCAAGUAGACUAUCAAGUUGGAACAGCUAUACUCGCAUACACUACUAGCAUGAGAAACCCAACAGUUCUGUUUGGCUCAGCAAAAACAAUUCUUGGAGAACUGAUUGGCCCAGAAGUUGCAUAUUUCUCUUCUCGGGGUCCAAGUUCUCUGUCCCCCUCUGUUCUGAAGCCAGACAUCGCUGCUCCAGGUGUCAACAUUUUGGCCGCAUGGACUCCUGCUGCUGCCAUAUCAUCAGCCAUUGGAUCUGUGAACUUCAAGAUUGAUUCAGGAACCUCGAUGUCCUGCCCACACAUUUCAGGAGUUGUUGCUCUCCUCAAAUCAAUGCAUCCUAAUUGGAGUCCUGCUGCAGUAAAAUCAGCACUUGUCACAACAGCCAAUGUCCAUGACACAUAUGGGUUUGAAAUUGUAUCUGAGGCGGCACCCUACAAUCAGGCGACCCCAUUCGAUUACGGAGGUGGUCAUGUGGAUCCAAACAGGGCUGCAUACCCCGGUCUUGUGUAUGACAUGGGGACAUCCGACUAUGUGCGCUUCCUUUGCUCCAUGGGCUACAACACCUCGGCCAUCAGCUCCAUGACUCAACAGCAUGAGACCUGUCAGCACACACCAAAGACACAGCUGAACCUGAACCUGCCAGCCAUCACUAUUCCCGAACUGAGGGGCAGGCUUACUGUGUCAAGAACAGUCACCAACGUCGGCUCAGCCUUGUCGAAGUACAGAGCUCGUGUGGAAGCUCCUCCAGGGGUGGACGUCACCGUGAGCCCUUCACUCCUGACCUUCAACUCGACUUUGAGAAGGUUGACGUUCAAAGUGACAUUCCAGGCCAAACUGAAGGUGCAAGGGAGAUACAACUUUGGCAGCCUGACAUGGGAGGAUGGCGUGCACACGGUGAGGAUCCCUCUGGUGGUUCGGACGAUGAUCAGUAAGUUCUACGUCAAUUCAUGA